UUUCAGAAGACGUUCGUGCAGGGACGUUCGUUUUGUGAAUUGAAUGCUCGAGUUGGGCGUGGUCGUGAUCUUGAAGUGUUUUAUUUAUUCAGCGUUGUGUUAGAGAUUAUUAAAAGGUGUACAGAUUUCAUAGUAACGAGUGAUUCUCAUUUCAGGUGCAAUCAUGAGUAUGUCAGACAGAAAAGCUGAGUUAGAGAAGAAGAAGGCCAGGCUUCAACUUCUGAAAGAAGAAAAGGAGAAACGUAGAAAGGAAAAGGAGAAGAAGGAGCUGCUCGGAUCUGUCAAGUCAGCCACAUCCAGCAUGGCUAGUCACACUGACUUGGACAAGAUGCUCAGUGCUGUGGGAGUGACGCCUGUCUCUGAUGUCCUGGGCAGCCUUUCAAGUCAGGCAUCAUCUCUCACUCUCUCUGACAGUGGUGCCAAUGACUCCAGCCUACUGCAAACACCAAGUCCAGCAAAGAUCAGGAAGAAGAAGCCAGAGCUGUCGGUGGUGAACGUCCACUCCACGAGUAUCCCGCCGCGGGAGAACGUCACGUACGCCAAGCAGACGCAGACGACCGUCUCCGGGCCGGAGCACCACCACUCCCGAGGGUUUGAUUAUUACGACGAGUUCGGGAGCACACCUCUGGAAUGGGACGACGAGUUCUCAGUGUUGACGUACGAUGACUCCCAAGCGGAGGAGGAGGAGCACAGUCUGACGGCGCUGGAGGGCCACAAGCUGCCGCCGGGCAUCCUGCACCACGGCAUGCCGACGGUGACGGACGUGCAGCCGGCCACCGUGCAGCCGGCCGACCAGCCGCCGGCCGACGCCAGGCCGCAGCCGCGAGAACUGAGCGAGGAGGAGAAGCAGCUGCUCAUGAUGUCGCCCGAGUUCAUCGAGUUCUUCACCCGACAAGCGUGCGUGGUGGAGCGCGCCCUGUGCGAGGAGUGGAACAUCUUCGCCGACUACAGCCGAAACUACGACGACGACGAGGCGCUGGAUGAGAAGUCUGGCAUGCGUCUGAGCCUGAACCGGGUGUUUUGCGACGAGCGGUGGUCCAAGAACCGGACCGUGACGUCGAUGGACUGGUCGCCGCAGUUCCCCGAGCUGCUGGUCGCCAGCUACAACAACAACGAGGAGGCGCCGCACGACCCGGACGGCGUGUGCCUGGUGUGGAACACCAAGUUCAAAAAGACCACGCCCGAGUACAUCUUCCACUGCCAGUCGCCGGUGAUGUGCGCCACGUUCGCGCGCUUCCACCCGAACCUGAUCGUGGGCGGCACGUACUCGGGCCAGGUGGUGCUCUGGGACAACCGGACGCAGAAGCGCACACCGGUGCAGCGCUCGCCGCUCUCGGCCGCCGCACACACGCACCCAGUAUACUGUAUGCGUGUCGUGGGCACACAGAACGCACACAAUCUCAUCUCGGUCUCCACUGACGGCAAGAUGUGCUCCUGGAGUCUGGACAUGCUCUCACAACCGCAGGAGACGAUGGAACUGCAGUUCAAGCAGAGCAAGGCGGUGGCCGUGACGGCCCUGGCCUUUCCGCAAGCCGAGGUCAACAACUUCAUCCUGGGUAGCGAGGAGGGCAACCUCUACACGGCGUGCCGGCACGGCAGUCGCUCGGGCAUCCAGGAGGUGUACGAGGGCCACUGGGGGCCGGUGACGGGCGUCAGCGCGCACACGGCGCCCGGGCCGCUCGACUUCUCACACCUCUUCAUCAGCUCGUCCAUCGACUGGACCGUCAAACUGUGGAAUGCCAAGGACCCGAAGCCGCUGUACUCGUUCGAGGACAACUCGGACUACGUGUACGACGUGGCCUGGUCGCCGCUGCACCCGGCGCUGUUCGCCGCCGUCGACGGCACCGGCCGACUGGACGUGUGGAACAUCAACUCGGAGACGGAGGUGCCGGCGGCCAGCGCGCAGGUCGAGGGCGGUCCGGCGCUCAACCGGGUCUCGUGGACGCCGUCUGGACUGCAUAUCACGGCCGGCGACGACCGCGGCCGCGUCUGGGUGUACGACGUAGGCGAGCAGCUGGCCCAGCCGCGCCAGGACGAGUGGACGCGGCUGGCGCACACGCUGCAGGAGAUGAAGUCCAACAACGCCGAGGACGAGUACGACCGGGCCAGCCUGGGCACGCCCAGCCGCUGAGCGCCCGGCCCACUGCCCGGGAGCCGAGCAGGAACGGAGAGGGGCGGCCGCCGCAGCUGGCACACAGAUCGGGGAUGCGUUUUUACGGUCUGAAAACUUUGAUAUUGUUUGUAUUCAAUGGAGAACGUCAUAGACGUUAUGUUGCAUUUUAGGACUUCCAUUAAUCGUAUCUUCAGUGCGUUACCAAUCCGUUUGGUGGAAAAUUGUCUGGGUGUGUGCGUGAAGUGCCAACUGUGUGAGCGCCUUCCCGGCCGUGCCGUGGCGGCGGGGAGGCGCGGGCGGCCGCCAGUCACGGGGCGGCGCAGUUGUGAUGCAGGGCGAGCGCCGCGCGGCGCCGUAUUUUUCUAGGCUGGACCUGCGGAGGCCGGCGGCGGACCGACUGAGAUGGUGCUAUCGUGGCGGCGGAUCGGGCUUGUUAAGUUUUCUGAUGAGUUUAUUUAUUUGCGGCGCGAGUCACCGCAGCUGGGUCGCCGAGCUGUAGGUAUUACCGGUAUAGUUUGCCGACUGACCGAUCUGGGAUCAUGCUUUAACUACUGACACCUCCCUGUGCAGCUAGUAGCGCUUUAGCCGGGGCCCGAGGGUCGCGGCUGCCGGCGGGGGCGGGUCAGUGACCGCCCGCCGGCGCAUUCCAGCCGCGUGGACGGACACGACGGCGGCUUGUGAUGGAUGAUCUGUGGAUGAUGAAUGGAUUAUACAUAUAUAAUAUACGUAUAUUAACUGUC